AUGGAAACGUUCAGAGCAAUGUCUUUACUCCUCACAACUCUAACCAUAGUCCUGUCUGUUUUACAGGCAUAUUCACAAUCACCCCUUGAAAAUUUUCUCUCUUGUCUUCCAAACCAUUCUCAAUCUUCAAACCCAAUCUCUAAAGCCAUUUACACUCCAGACAACCCUUCUUUCUCAUCUAUCUUGAAUAUGCAUAUACAGAACAAGAGGUUCAAAACAGCAACAAGACCAAAACCUCUGGCUAUUAUAACUGCUAUGGAUGAAAGUCAUGUCCAGGCAACAGUUAUAUGUGCCAAGCCUCAUGGCAUUCAGAUCAGAAUCCGAAGUGGUGGCCAUGACUAUGAAGGCUUUUCAUUUAUAUCAGAUGUUCCAUUUGUUGUGCUUGACAUGUUUAAUCUCAAUUCAGUUGAUGUGAACAUAGAAAAUGGAACAACAUUGGUUCAAGCUGGAGCAACACUUGGUCAAGUUUACUAUCAAAUUGCACAGAAAAGCCAAGUCCAUGCUUUCCCAGCUGGGGUAUGCAUUACUCUGGGUGCUGGUGGUCACUUUUCUGGUGGUGGCUAUGGGAAUCUGAUGAGAAAAUAUGGUCUUUCUGUGGAUAAUAUCAUUGAUGCAACAUUGGUUGAUGCCAACGGUAAAAUUCUUGACAGAAAGUCAAUGGGAGAAUAUCUAUUUUGGGCUAUAAGAGGAGGUGGUGGGGCUAGUUUUGGUGUCAUUCUUUCAUGGAAGAUCAAAUUGGUUUCUGUGCCUCCACAAGUGACUGUGUUCACUGUGAAGAAAACUGUGGAAGAAGGUGCAACUGAUGUUGUUUACAAAUGGCAACAAAUUGGAACAAAACUACAUGAAGAUCUUUUCGUAAGAGUGCAGCCACAAGUGGUCACUAAAGGUGAUAAAAAGACAGUGGAAGUUUCUUUCAUUGGGCAAUUCUUGGGACAAAUUGAUAGGCUAUUGCCUUUGGUGAAUGAGAGUUUCCCUGAAUUGGGUUUGAAGCAAAGUGACUGCAUUCAAAUGCCUUGGGUCAAUUCCACUCUUUAUUGGGUUGGUCUUCCAAAUGGUACACCAAUUGAAACUUUGAUAACUAAGCCCAAGGACCCUGGUUCUUCCAAUUCUAAAAGCAAGUCAGAUUAUGUGAAGAAGCCCAUUCCAAAGGAUGCUUUGGAAUCCAUUUGGAAAUUGAUGAUUAAAGAUGAUAAUAUGUUAAUGCAAUGGAAUCCUUAUGGAGGAAAGAUGGCUGAGAUUUCACCAUCAGCAACUCCAUUUCCUCAUAGAGCAGGGAACUUGUUCUUGAUUCAGUAUAUGGUAUUUUGGACUGAAGAUGCGGAUGCUGAUCAUAAAAUGGAGUUUUUGAGGUCAUUUUAUGAAUUUAUGACCCCAUAUGUCUCGGACUCACCUAGGGAAGCAUUCCUCAAUUAUAGGGAUAUUGAUAUCGGUGGCAAUCAUCCAAGUAAUUCAACAAGAAUGGACAUAGCUCGAAUUUAUGGAAGCAAGUUUUUUAAAGAUAAUUUUGAUAGAUUAGUGUCUGUGAAAUCCAGGGUUGAUCCUGACAAUUUCUUCAGAUAUGAACAGAGUAUACCUGUUAGAUCCACCUAUUAG